AUGCCGUGGCCGUGGGUAAUCCUGGCCCGUAUCCCCCGCGUUGUCGCAGGCGAAGCGUCGGCUGAGACGGAGGUCGACGCCGACGUGCAGGCGGAGGGGGUUGACGAGGCGGAGGCCGCGGCGCACGACUUGGAAGCGGAGGUCGAGGAAGACGCGCAGGCGGAGGAGGUUGACGAGGCGGAGCUUGACGCCGGAAUGGAGGUUGAGGCCGACGCGCUUGCGGAGGGGGUUGACGAGGCGGAGCUCGACUCGGAAGAGGAGGUCGAGAAAGACGCGCAGGCGGAGGGGGUUGACGAGGCGGAGCUCUCCUCGGAAGACGAGGCGGACGUGGAGCACACGGCUGACUUCUCCAUCCCGGUCGCGCUGCCUCCGCGGAUCACCGUCAUGACCGCGGCCCCGACCGCCCAUCCCGUUCGCAACUCUCCUGACAUGUACCCCUACGUACUCGGCGUCGGCUCCGGUUGCAUCCUCUUCAACUUCGGCGUCGAGCCCUUCUACGGCGUGUGCUUCGCUGACCGCCCCUACCAGAGCAACCUCACCAUGGUGCGCCACUUCGACUGCUCUGGCGUCGAGCAGGGCCACCCGGUCACGGCCACCGCCGAGCGCAUCCCCCUCGCCACGGCAAAUAUGCCGUCGUCGCCAACAUUGAGAGCAUCGGGUUCGUCUCCAUCGGCCACGGCAAAGCCUACUUCAUUGCCGAGCUCAUGGUACACAAGGGCCGCAGGCGCGCCAUGCUCGUCUAGCUACUUUUCUGCGGGCUUCAACAAGUGGUUCCAGGAGACAACGCAAAACCCCUUGCCGAACGACACGAACCGCGACGGCGAGUGGGUUCCCUCCGGUGUGGUCUCCUUCAAGAAGAUCCUCUGGUGGUUCGACCUCUCGUGGGGGAUCACCAGCCUCGACCCCUUCCAUGACCUCGAAGAGCCUCCGCUGCGCUUUCGCCGCCUCCCAGAAGGCCGCGCUCUCGACAAGGCCCCGCCGAACAUCCACGACCGCCGAUGCAUCACCGAGAGCCAAGGCGGCCUGCGGUACGUGGAGAUCAUCAUCCCUGAGGGCGAAGCAGCAACGGUGUCCAUGUGGUCAUGGAUCCCCGCUGCCGACGGCAACGAUGAGACCAUUGCGUGGGAAAUGAAGUACGCAAUGAGCUUCGCAGAGAUUUGGGAGGACGACAGCUACAAGGCAACCCGGCUGCCGCGCAAGGUUCCCGUGCUCGUGCUCGUGUGUCCGUCGGACGCCAAUCUAGUCUGCUUCGCUUUGGAGCUUGAGGAGCGCCUCUUCAGCGUCAACGUGCCCGAGCGCAGAGUCGUGGAGUUCAUCGAAGAUUCCUACGAGCUGGUGACACCGUGGCCAGCGGCUCCCUCGUGCCUAUACGUCCUCCCUUGGUCUCUGCCGCUCAAGAUUGCCCAAGCUUGCUACCUAGAGUUUCGUCUUGCGUUGUGUGCUGCAUAUCAGUACUACUACUUCGACUUCCUAUUCCUAGUACCGCAUGGCCUGUAA